AUGUGUGAGUUGCUUACCAGAUGGAAAAGCAUUGUAUCAUAUAUUAGGCCCUUUAGUGGCGUUUCCUUGCUUGUUGUGUCAAAAAACGCUCCUGUUGAGUCCAUUGCCCUUCUCCACAGCAAUGGGCAGGUUCACUUCGGCGAGAAUCGUGUUCAGGAUCUUUUUGAGAAGGCUUCUUCUCUCAGUUCCGACAUUAAGUGGCACUUCAUCGGCCAUCUUCAGACCAACAAGUGUUCUCUCCUUCUCAGGGUUCCCAAUCUACACAUGUUAGAAUCCCUGGAUUCCAUCGACUUAGCUCUGAAGUUAUCCGAUUUAAUGUCUCGAGAGCCUUCCAGGACUCUUUUUGUGCUCGUCCAGGUUAACACAUCCUUGAAACCAACUCAAUUUGGUCUUGACUAUCGCCAGUUUGAUCUUAUUCUUGCCCUUGUUAAGGCCGUGCUGAACUCCCAGGGCUUAGUCUUCACUGGCCUCAUGACCAUUGGUGACGACACUGGCGACUGUUUUGACAGAUUGGUGUCUAUUCGCGAUAGGCUUGCUGAGUGUUCUCCCGAGUGCAAGCUACUCUGUGACCGGGGCAAUUUUGUUCUUAGCAUGGGCAUGUCCAACGACUAUCGACUUGCUAUUUCCAAGGGUUCAACUCAGAUAAGAAUCGGCUCAUUAAUUUUUAACUAA